GAGCUGAGCUCUCCCUCUCCUCGCGCACUAGCUUGCUGUCUCUCCCUAUAGCUUCUUGUUGUUGUUGUUGUUGUUCUCUCUCGCUUCGACCUCGUAUGGAGUUUGGGAUGGUGGAGGACGCGGCGGCGGCGGCGGGGGAGGAAGGGCUGACGCUGAGCCUGUCGCUGCAGCCGUCGCCGCCGAGGUUCCAGGCGCUCUUCUCCUGCUGCUACUGCCCGAGGAAGUUCCGGAGCUCGCAGGCGCUCGGCGGCCACCAGAACGCGCACAAGCUGCAGCGCAACCUCGCCAGGCGGGGCCGCGAGGCCGCCGCCUCUCUCGCCGCCGCCGCCGCCGCGGCGGCCGCGGCGGCCGCUUCCUCGGGGGAUCAGCAGCAGCAAGGCAGGACGACGGCGGCGGCGGCGGCGGUGCUUGCCGGCGGCGAGAGCGCGCCGCCUGCUGCUGCUCGCGCCGCCGCGGAUCUCGACGGCGCCGGCGUGUGGGGAGGAGCUGGGAUGAGGGGCCGGCCGGCGCACCACCACCGCCUGAUGCAGGGUGGUUACUCUUCCGGCGGCUCGUCGGCCGCCGGUGGCAGGGGCAACGGGGAGCUCGCCGACGAGAUGAUUGACCUGUCCCUGAAGCUAUGAAGCGCUCUUGUGUGCUUUUUCUUGUCCCUAGCUUAAUUAGCUCUUGUCCGUUAAUUUGCUUGAAUCCCUUUCCCGUUAUUUCUUGUGCUUUCUUUCCUUAAUUUAAUUUCCUCUCUUUGUGCCAUCUGGUCGAUCUUGUCAUCUGUGUGGUUCAUGGGACUUGUGAUUUGAGUGAUUGCAGUGUUCAGUUCAGGGGGGAACAUUCGUGCAUGCAUUGUUAGGUACACUGAUGACAGAUCAGAAGGUAUUUUUUUUUUACAUGUGGAGCUGCAUGCCUGUUUGUAGUACUUGUCAUCUGUAAAUGUUCUGUCCUAGAAUUGCCUUUUCAGUUGCGGUUAAUUAUCCAGCUGCUUUGUGUUGUUGCA